AUGUCGGUCCCUCGUGAGCGGCUCCUGCAGCUCCUGCAGACGCGAUGUCGAAUCUUCGCCACGACCUACAAUCCAGACGGCGUUCGCAUGGGCAAUAAGAUCUUGCGACAGAGGCUACGGGGCCCGGCGCUGGCGGCCUACUAUCCGCGCAAGAUGGUCGACCUUAAGGACCUCACGAAGGAGUUUGGACCGGCACUGGAGUUUGUCGAUGAGGAGGAAGACGACCGACAAGAAUCACUUGCUUUCUUGAAAGCUCGUGGGAAAGGCGCCCCGAAGAAGAAGAAGGGCCCUCCAGAUACCAAAACCAAGAAGAGAUAG